AGAUUCAAGUCCCCGUCGUUCCUUUUUCCGUCAGGCAGGAACUGUUUGCACCUCCCCGGUCGUGACAAACGAAGCAAGCGGGCCGCGGGCACUGCCCCCGAAGAGCCUGUGGCUGGCUAGACGAUUGCCCAGCGCCCCGCCUCCACGCCCCAUGCUUCUUUCCGCGUCAACUACAGGGGGUAGCGGGGCGGGGCUGCGCGGGGCUCCGCGCGGCGACGGCGUGACGUCACGGCCGGCGUGCGGCGUGGGCGGAGCCUAACUUUGAACCCGGUUGGCGGGACUGGUGGCUUGGAAAGGGACCUUGGCGCCGGCCGCGGGUUCGGUCCGGGCUGGCCUGCGAUGGAGGCCGCUGCGGGCAGCGAGGAGGAUGGUGGAGCAGGCGCGGCGACGGUGGAGUGCGUGUAUAGGAUCCCGCUGCCGAGACCUCCCUCCAUUGAGGAAUUCACGAUAGUGAAGCCCAUUAGCCGGGGCGCCUUCGGGAAGGUGUAUCUGGGGCAGAAAGGCGACAAGUUGUAUGCGGUGAAGGUUGUCAAGAAAGCAGACAUGAUCAACAAAAACAUGACUCAUCAGGUGCAGGCGGAGAGGGAUGCCCUGGCACUAAGCAAAAGUCCUUUCAUUGUCCAUUUGUACUAUUCACUGCAGUCAGCAAACAAUGUCUACUUGGUAAUGGAAUAUCUUAUUGGUGGAGAUGUCAAGUCUCUCCUACAUAUAUAUGGUUAUUUUGAUGAAGAGAUGGCUGUGAAAUAUAUUUCUGAAGUAGCAUUGGCUCUAGACUAUCUUCACAGACAUAGAAUCAUCCACAGGGAUUUGAAACCAGACAAUAUGCUUAUUUCCAAUGAAGGUCAUAUUAAACUAACAGAUUUUGGCCUUUCCAAAGUUACUUUGAAUAGAGAUAUCAAUAUGAUGGAUAUCCUUACAACACCAUCAAUGGCUAAACCUAGACAAGAUUAUUCAAGAACCCCAGGACAAGUAUUAUCUCUCAUCAGCUCUUUGGGAUUUUACACACCAGUUGCAGAAAAAAAUCAAGACUCUGCAAAUAUUUUUUCAACCCAUGUAUCUGAAACAUUGCAGCUUUCUCAAGGACUGACUUGUCCUAUGUCGAUAGAUCAAAAGGACACUACUCCUUAUUCUAGCAAACUAUUAAAAUCAUGCCUUGAAACAGUUGCCUCCAACCCCGGGAUGCCUGUGAAGUGUCUGACUUCGAAUCUCCUCCAGUCUAGGAAGAGGCUGGCCACGUCCAGUGCCAGCAGUCAGUCCCACACCUUCGCGUCCAGUGUGGAGUCUGAAUGCCACAGCAGUCCCAGGUGGGAAAAGGAUUGCCAGGAAAGUGACGAAGCACUGGGCUCUGCAAUGAUGAGCUGGAAUACAAUUGAAAAGCCCUUAUGUACAAAGUCUACAAAUGCCAUCGAGACCAAAAGUUGCAAUAACAAGGAUCUUGAGUUAGCCCUUUCUCCCAUUCAUAACAGCGGGGUCAUUCCUGCCACUGGAAGCUCUUGUGUAAACCUUGGUAAAAAAUGCUUCUCUGGGGAAGUUUCUUGGGAAGCAAGAGAACUGGAUAUAAAUAAUAUUAAUAUGGCCACUGACACAAGACGGUCUGGUUUACAUCAGUCAAAUCAGUGCGCUGUGGAUUCUGGUGGUAUGACUGAAGAGCACCUUGGGAAAAGAAGUUUUAAAAGAAAUUUUGAGUUGGUUGACUCCAGUCCUUGUCAGGAAAUUAUACAGAAUAAAAAAAGUUGUAUAGAGUAUAGGCAUAGUAAUGAAACGAGAGAUUGUUGUACAAAUCAAAGUACAGGCUUAACAGCUGAAGUCCAGGACCUUAAGCUGUCAGUAGAUAGAAGUCAGCAAAAUGACGGUGCUAAUAAGGAGAACGUGGUCAGUUCUCUUACUGAUAAACAACAAACACCAGAAACAUCACCUAUCCCGAUGAUAGCGAAAAACCUCAUGUGUGAACUGGAUGAAGAUUGUGACAAGAAUAACAAGAAAGACUACUUAAGUUCUAGUUUUCUAUGUUCUGAUGAUGAUAGAGCUUCUAAAAGUAUUUGUAUGGACUCUGAUUCAUCUUUUCCUGGACUUUCUAUAAUGGAAAGUCCAUUAGAAAGGCAGUCCUUAGAUCCAGAUAAAAGCAUCAAAAAAUCCUUUUUGGAAGAAUCAAAUAUUGAAGACCUGCUUACUGUAUCACCCAGCUGCCAAGAAAAUACCUUGCCCAAAGGCGAUGAGAAUCCUGCUGUCCAAGACCAUAACCAGAACAUGUUAGCUCCCUCUUUGGAGGUGUUGAAAACAUCAACCUUCUCCAAAAGAAACGCUGUAGCUUUUCGAAGCUUUAACAGUCAUAUUAAUGCAUCCAAUAACUCAGAACCAUCCAAAAUGAGCAUUACUUCUUUAGAUGCAAUGGAUAUUUCGUGCGCUUAUAGUGGUUCAUAUCCCAUGGCUGUCACUCCCACUCAAAAAAGAAUAUCCCAUAUGCCGUAUGAGCAGACCCCAAAUCACAUCAAGUCAGGAACUCCAUUCCGAACUCCAAAGAGUGUGAGAAGAGGGGCAGCCCCAGUAGAUGAUGGGCGAAUUCUUGGAACCCCAGACUACCUCGCACCUGAGCUGUUAUUAGGCAGGGCCCACGGAUUUCUGACUUCGGGUCCUGCAGUGGACUGGUGGGCCCUUGGAGUUUGCUUGUUUGAGUUUCUAACAGGAAUUCCCCCCUUCAAUGAUGAAACACCGCAACAAGUAUUUCAGAAUAUUCUGAAAAGAGAUAUCCCUUGGCCUGAAGGUGAAGAAAAGUUAUCUGAUAAUGCUCAAAGUGCAGUAGAAAUACUUUUAACCAUUGAUGAUACAAAGAGAGCUGGAAUGAAAGGCACUGGGGAUUCAAACAUAAACGAGGCAGGCGCUCAGCCCUCAAAAGAGCUCUCAGUGUAGUGGAGGCAGGGUGGGCCGACAUACAAACCAACAACCCAGGUAUGUAUAAUGUGUCUGUUUUAACGACAGCAGAGUGAAUUAGCUAUUAGAGAAGGGUGGGUUUGUCAGCCAAGACACAACAAUCACAUCUGAUCUGAGUUCUGGCAGAGGUCUUACAGCUGUAAAAUCUCCACCCUCCCCAGCACUCAAGAUGCCACAAUGCCUGAAACUCUCUCACUACAGGUUCAUGCCUCUCCUCUGUAGAAAUGCUCUUAUGCAACCCCCUCGGCAGGAGUGACAUUUUACGUAAUCUGAUCAAUUUUCACAUUACAGAAGAUCCGUCACGGCAUGAAGAAAAGAGGCCCCUGGAGGAACAGCAUUGUGGGUGGUUCUAAAGACCAAGUGCCAGCCAGGUUUAGCAGAAAUGUUAGCUGGGAGGUGCUGAACAGUUAGCAACACUUACCAAGGACCCUCGUGACACAGAUUACUAUACAAGGUCCUUGGCA